GCGCCGCCAUCUUGGGCGGCCGCCGGAAUCCCCGCCCGCGCCCCCCGCCCCACUCUUCUUCUCCUCAGGCGCUGAGGGGCCGCCCGACCCCCGGCAGCCGCGGCUCGUUCAACCCGGUGGCGUUUCGGGGCUGACCCGGCGGCAGGAAGCGCCGGCGGCUCCUCCCUGUGCCCUCCCGCUCCUCCUCCUCCUCGCCCAUGUCCAUUCCAAGAUGGCCGGGAUCCCUUUGUAUUUUGUGGAUUUGCAGGAUGACUUAGAUGAUUUUGGAUUUGAAGAUUAUGGGCCAGACUGUGAUAGCAUGAGGAUAACAGCAUUCCUGGAUAUCCCUGGACAGGAUAACUUAACUCCACUGGCUCGUCUAGAAAAAUAUGCCUUCAGCGAUAAUGUCUUUAACAGGCAAAUUAUUGCCAGAGGUCUUCUGGAUGUCUUUCGAGAUUUCAGUAACAAUGAAGAAGACUUCCUGACUGUAAUGGAAAUAGUGGUCAGGCUCUCUGAAGAUGCAGAGCCAACUGUACGUACAGAGCUGAUGGAACAGAUCCCUCCCAUUGCCAUUUUCCUGCAGGAAAGCAGACCAAAUUUCCCCACAGCAUUUUUUGAAUACCUUAUGCCCAUAGUAGUGAGAUACCUCACAGAUGUUAACAAUCAGGUUAGAAAGGCAGGUCAGGAGGCACUGCUGAUACUGCUGGAACAGGACCUUGUGGCUCAGAGUGACAUUGAAAACAAGGUGUGUCCCAUCCUGCUGGACCUCUCUGCCCCUGACAGUGAUGAUGAGUACAAGGUGGAAGCUGUGAAUAUAAUCUGUAAAAUGGCCUCUAUGUUGAGCAGAACAACAGUUGAGCACAUGCUGCUUCCUCGUUUCUGUGAACUGUGCAGUGAUGGCAAAUUGUUUCAAGUCCGAAAGAUUUGUGCAGCUAAUUUUGGUGACAUUUGUAAUGCAGUUGGGCAAGAAGCCACAGAAAGACUGCUGAUUCCCAAGUUCUUUGAGCUCUGCUCUGACAGUGUCUGGGGGAUGAGGAAAGCCUGUGCUGAGUGCUUCAUGGCAGUGUCCUACACCACGUCCCCAGAGGUUCGCAGGAGCAAACUGUCCCCCCUGUUCAUCAGCCUCAUCAGUGACACCUGCAGAUGGGUUCGUCAGGCUGCUUUUCAGUCUCUUGGCCCAUUUAUUUCUACCUUUGCAAACCCUUCAAGUGCUGGGCUUUACAUUCGAGAAGACGGGACACUGAGUAUCCGACCCCCAGCACAAGAUGUGAAUUCCAAUCCCUGUCAGCCAAGCAACAAUGUCACUUUAAUGUCCUCCAGUGCAAAUGCUACAUUGUCCAGCUCAGAACAACCAAUGGAAAUCAAACCAGAAGCACCAACUGAGGAGAUUUCAGCAGAAGUGAACACAAAGCUCUCUGAGAACCUGAAUAAAGACACACGAGAAGAAGGUUCAGAUUGUUGUGCCAGUCCUGGAGAAGAUGUGUCUUGCCUGUCUCAGGGUGCCAGGGCUGGUGCUGGUGUCCCUGAGGUCACCAAGGACAGCAGUAUCCCUGGAAUGCCCUCGAGGGCUGGCGAGGACGUGUUCAACACGUUCCUGUACUGGCGCCCUCCUCUGCCUGACAUCACUCGGGAGCUGGAGCUGUUCCAGUUCAAGACUGAAAAGCACAAUGAGAGCUGUUCUGUGCCAUGCAAUAACUGUGUUGCUAGUAGUGAAAUAAAAAAGGUUCUAGAAAGCUUACAAGAGCACAUAGAUGAUCCAGAUGUUCAAGCUCAGGUCCAAGUGUUGUCUGCUGCUCUCAGAGCUGCUCAGUUUGAUUCUGUUGGUGAUUGUGAGACCAAAAAAAUGGAAGAAAGCAGUGGCAAUCUUCAGAACAAAAGCAUUUCAGAUGAAGCAGCUGUUUCAGAUGCUGCCUGCACCCAGGUGCAGGAGGACAGUCCCUCAUCCCCUGCCUCCCAGGAGAACUUCAGUGACCAGUCAGCCACCAGUCUGCUGAAAAGCACAGACUCAGAGGAACAACACAGAGAAACCAGUGUAUUUUUAAGGAAAGAGCAAGAAAAUAAUCCACCGUUUGAAGAUGACAAGUCAAAAUUCCAGGAUAUCAUCCCUCAGCCCUUACUGGACCAGUACCUGUCCAUGACUGACCCUGCUCGAGCCCAGACUGUGGACACGGAGAUCGCCAAGCACUGCGCCUACAGCCUGCCCGGGGUGGCCCUGACACUGGGCAGGCAGAACUGGCACUGCCUCAAGGACACCUACGAGACACUGGCCUCAGAUGUACAGUGGAAGGUGCGUCGGACACUGGCUUUCUCCAUCCACGAGCUGGCAGUGAUCCUGGGGGAUCAGCUGACAGCUGCUGAUCUGGUGCCAAUUUUCAAUGGAUUCCUGAAAGACCUGGAUGAAGUGCGGAUCGGUGUCCUCAAACAUCUGUAUGACUUCCUGAAGCUACUUCAUGCAGACAAAAGGCGAGAAUAUCUUUACCAGCUUCAGGAAUUUGUGGUGACUGAUAACAGCAGGAACUGGAGGUUUCGUUACGAGCUGGCAGAGCAGCUGAUCCUGAUCCUGGAGCUCUACAACCCCAACGAUGUCUAUGACUACCUAAGACACAUUGCACUGACUCUCUGCUCUGACAAAGUCUCAGAAGUUCGGUGGAUCUCCUUCAAACUGGUUGUAGCAAUCCUACAGAAGUUCUACACAAACAGUGCAAAUGCGCUGGGGUUAAAUUUCAUCAAUGAACUUGUCGUGCGGUUCCGGCACAGCUCCAAGUGGGUUGGAAGACAAGCCUUUGCCUUCAUUUGUCAGGCCGUGGUGGAGGAGGAGUGUAUGCCCGCGGACCAGUUUGUGGAGCACUUACUGCCCAGUCUCCUGAGCCUUGCCUCAGAUCCCGUGCCCAACGUCAGGGUCCUGCUUGCCAAGGCCCUCAGGCAGACACUGCUGGAGAAAGCUUAUUUUAAAAGUGUUGGCAAUCCUCAUCUAGAAGCUGCAGAAGAGACCAUUCUGGCCCUGCAAUCUGACAGAGAUCAAGAUGUGUCUUUCUUUGCCACCAUAAAACUAAAACAGGGUAACAUGGACAAUAUUACCAUUGAAAAACAGAACUAACAAGUUGUUCUGCAGCAGGGGCUGAACAGCAGGACAGUUGUUCACUUUGUGGUCGUGUUGGUGUGAGUAAUGUGGGCAGAUAAGGUGGGUUCUGUUACCUGUUUGAGCAGGAAAUGUUCCUGUCUUCGUUUCAUGACCUCGUUUCCUCUGCCCCGCUGUUUGACUCCCAUGAGUAAUCCCUUCUGGUUUUCCCUCUGUAAAUGUGGGUGAUAACUCUGAUCUCACCUGCAGUUCAGUAUUAUCUGUAAAGUCUUACACCACACUCAGUGUUUCAGUGUUAAUUGGAAUUCACAUUUCAUUUUUUAACAAAACAUUUCCAGUAGCACAAGGCUGCUACAAGCUUAAAAUGGUUUCUGAAUCUUAAAACCUGAUUAUAACAAACUUCCCUUCUUUCUUCACUUAUACUGUGGUUUUUGUAUUGUUUCAGCUAUUGCAUUUAUUUGAAAAAAGUGUAUAUAUGUGAAUAGUUUUGAAUUGUAACAAAAAAUUAAUGAACUGAAUUCUGUAUCAGUGGAAAAAGCUCAUAAAACAUUUCAUUUUUUAAAGUAGUUACACUGCUAGAAUUAGGGCAUGGGUCAUUUUUACUUAAUAUAAUGUGAUAUUUUUCAAAGCACAGAGAGCUCAAGGUUCUUUGUAUAUUGUGACAUUUCCAUUAAUUUGUUACUUCUGAGCUACACUCUUACAGAUGUUAACAGUCAUAACAACAGCCCUGUUAUUUCUUGCCCACCCUCACAGGUCAGUUGGUGUUACUGCUGACUCUCCUGGGGUAGGGAGACUGUAGAUUUCCCAAGUGGAAAGUUCCUCGUUCUGCCCCAACAAAGGUCACUUGAGGGAUUCAGUUCCUGCAACACAUCCUGUGUCUGUACAGGGGUGUUACAGAAGGUUACAGGCUUCAGUUUGUUUGUUUUACUCACCUGGUUUAACAAAUACCUUUCAACCUGCCCAGUGUUUAAGUCCCAAACAGCUUUUCCUGAGAAACAGAGGACCUCUAAAUUCUGAAAACACCCAGAUCAGAAGUGUUCCAGGGAAAGGUGUGACACAGUUUGCUCUGUAACUUCUGUGGAUUGUUUGGGAAGGUUUGGGGCAAACCCCAAAUGAAGGUUACUGAAGGUAAGGUGAGGCAGGAUGUCUUCUGUGUCCUGAGACAGGGGCUUUGGAAGAAAGGAAAAAUACACAGAUGGAGCAGAGUUGUGUUGGGAAAAUUGAGUAACUUCAGACAGUUGGAAAAAUGAUAAAACCAGUACUUUUGCUGGGCCCUGUCUUCUCCUGGGUCCCAAAUCCGCAAUAAUGAGCGGCCUGGGGGGAAAAAAAAGCCAUUUUUAUAGUGGGGAUUGAAACUAUCCUGUUCCAAAACUAAUGCUUGAAUACUAAAGAAAUGGCUCCACGUGGUGACAGUUGCUGGCUGAGGAGGGUCCUUUCUCCUGCACAGACCUGUGUAGGUGUCUCCCCUCAGAGUUCACGUGGGGAAGGUUGUUACAGCAGUGGCUGUUUUGGUUGGGUUUGAGUGGGGCUUGUCUGCAAUACAAGUAGGUUCCUCAGCUGGGUUCUGUGUUCUGGGAGGGCUCAGUUUUGGGUAAGUUAACUGCUCAUGUAUUAUAUGAUCUGUACAGUCUUUGUAACAAGUGAUUUCCUUGUGAGAUCACAAACUGCUCUUUGGGAGCUGCAGGCAGAACUAUACCACUGCUACUGCAGCAAACAGUGUAAACUCUGUAAACUCUUUAAUGUUCUACAUUUAAUUUUUUACAGGUUUUUUUUAUAAUUUAAAACAAAUACUUCUUCAGUACAGACUUUUUAUGAUUGCUAUUUCUUAACAAAAAGACCCCUCAAGUUAUUUUUUUCUAGUUCUAAUAUCUUUUUCUAAUGCUGGCAUUAUACUGGUAUUUUCUAACAGUUCAGAUUUUCUAAGGCCUUUCUGACAAGGUUUGACUUCUGUUUUUUAUUAUCAGUUCAUUAAAUUUCUCAGCACUGAACAGAUUUUUUUUUUUAAAGUGUGUGUAUAUGUAAGUAUGUUUGAAAUAUACUGUAUAUAAAUUAAAUACCUUGAACAUAACCCAACCCGGGUUUCUGUUUGUCGGAUCACCUUAAAUAGUUUCCUUGACUUGCAAUAAUCCACUGGAAAACACAAGCUUCCAUAUGUUUUAGCAUGUUUGGUUAGUGUUCACUGGGAGUUUUUAACUAGAAUGUGUGUAAAGGGUAAGCCACCAGCCAUAAAAGUUCACUAAAAGGCUAAACAAAGCUCCUUGUUUUUAACAAUAUUCCGGUACCUCUCUGGCUCCCGAAUUCCUGUCAGUUUUGAACGAUAUGAUUUCAGUGGAGUGUUUUAAAACCUCCUUUUGCAACUUUACACUUGCAUGUACUAACGGGGGCCAUCACAGUUCUGGGGUGGGUUUUUUGUAGACUGUGCGGGUCUGUUAAACAGAUUUACCCUCUACAAGUUUGUCUUUUUGGUUGAGUUUUAAACUAGAGGUGGUUUCAGCAUGACUAAGGCUGCACUUUAUGUCUUGUACAGGACAAAUGUGUGCAAUGGGUACAGGGGGGUGUUGAUGGAGUUGAUGGGCUCUUCAGUUAUGCAAAGAGAUGCAUUUGAAAAGCCAGAUGGAGCAAAGGUAGAAUUUCACAACAGCAGUAAGAGUAGAGCUCUCCAUUUCUAGCUAAGGAACGUGGCAGUGACAGUGGUGGGUGCAAUAUUGCUUGGAUGCUGUGGGAAAUGGUCAGGCCCUUGUGAUCCAAAGGAUUCCAGCCCCCUGGUGUCACUGGUGCCCCGUGUGACGUCCCCGUGGCAUCGCUCGGCUGUGUCUGUGCACGGUGCUGUUUAGAACCCGGUUAAGUGGGGACACUCUGGAAGUGUCUCUUGUUUGUCAGAGUAAAGAAUCUAUGUAACUUUGUAUUUGUAUUUAUCUCAAUAAAUCUGUGACUGUUUUAUAAACCAACUUGUGGUAACCGGCUUUUGUCAUGGGUGCGAUGGGAGUGUAUUCUGUGGGAUAAUGAAACAUCUCUCAGGUGUCUGACCAAGGCUGAAUGUGGAAUUUUUCAUACUGAGCAGUAAAAAAAAAAAAUCCAUUAGAUAUCCAGAGAUGUGAAUUAGCUCUCCCUGUACUUUUUCCUUGAAGUGAGUGUGCCAAAAGUGCUUCAACUUAUCCUGAUGGCUGGAAAAUACUUGUAUUAUUUUAAUUCAGCUGUCUGCCAUUUUACAUUUCACUUUCUCAACCAGAUACUUAAUCCAGGUGGUUUUGUAUAGAUGGGAGAAACACAAGUAUGCAUAAAAUCCUUUUUCUUGGUUAUCUUAAAACACCAUUAGAAGGUUGAGGUUGUCUGUUCUUGGGUGUUCCUGUGAGGCCAAGGGACUUGUCUAUGUUAUGAGAAUCAGAGGCAGAAACUGUUUCAUAUCCCUGUGUAUUAAAUGUUCUCCCUACCAGGUGUAAAGCAGGAAACAGAAGGAUGUGCCCCAAGAACAAAGGGUUCUUUGAAACAAAAGGUGUGUUGGCAUAAGAGCCCCACAGAAAGAUUGGUGACACUGGUUUUUUUUCAAAUAACUCCCCCUCUUUAUUUUUAAGAAAUAACCAUUCAGCUUCCACUUACAGCUGAGAAAACCACUGUGGAAGAUGCUGCCCAACAUGGAAAUGGUUUUGCAGGAGGAACAGCAGCAUGAGCACACCUGACAAUUGCUCCUAAGAGGCCUCUCAGCAACACUGCAGAACUGAUGUUUGAGUUUAUUACCAAAAAAAGCUCUUCCUGGGAAGGAAUGUGAUACAGGACUGUUUCCUCAGGUAGCCUGGGUUUAGGAGCUGUCUCUGGAAUUGAGGCCCAAAGUCUUGGCUGCCUCCUGUGGAGUCUGGGCUCAUGUGGCCAGUGCUGUGUGUCCUCUUACCCCAAAAGCUCAGGUCAGCUUCCAAUACAUUUAAGAGAAGGUCAAGGACUGCAAAAAGGAACAACUUCUGGAUGAUUUUGUGGGACUUAAUAGCUGCAGGUGAAAGGAAAAGCCAGAAUAAUGUCCACUCCAAGGGGCGGCUAAGAGUAAAUAUCAUUAGAGAGUAGAGAAUCAAGAUGGGGCAGAGUAACAGGAGACAGGCAGGGAUGAUGUAGCUGAUCCAGGGGGAUUUAUGUAGUGUGCAAACACCCCUUGGUUGAUACCUAAAAAGAAUGGCACUAAAAGGUCUGUGUUUAUUCUGCAGAGCCCACCUGGGAAUUACUGAGGACUUCACAGGCACCACACAGAGUUCCUGGGAGCAGAGCAGAGCAAGGGACGGGUGGUGCUCAGAGCUGCCCUGGAACUGGCUGUGGCCAGCACAGAAGUCGUGUGGGAAGUGCCAAGUUUCUCCUGAGACAUGUGUUCCUGAGUUGUGACCACAGCGUUCAAAGGCAGCCAGAAUCCGGCAGGGAGCUGUGCCUGAGGAUCCUGCUGACCAGGAACGUUUAGAGAGGAAGGUGGUUUGCAGAGGGGAGCCAAAAGCUAUUAAUUUUCUCCUGUGCUUCCAGCAGCCCGUUUGGGUUGGUUUGAUGCCUAAGCCAGGCUGCAAUUGAGGUCAGUGCUUUGGUUUCCCUUUAAGCUCCAGUUCUCUAUACACUGUUCUGUUUGUACCAUUUGCUUGACAUGACUGUCUGCUCUGGGUUGAUGGUGUUUUUCUAGAAUUCCUGUGUGAACAGAAGCUAAUAAAGGAACUGUCAACUCAGAAAGCCCCUCUUAAAAUACAGUUCUACUGGCUUGGGGUAAGAAAUGCACAGAUCCCUUGGCCAAGCCUCCUCUGUGGAAUUUGUAAUCCUAUUGCAAUUCCUUUGGUUUCCAGUAGCCAAACAACCCCUGGGGUCAAGCAGAAGUCAAGGUAUAAAAAUGGAUGGCUCUGAGCCUCCUUACCUGUUAGCUGCCAUGUGUUAGAGGGAUGAUGUGGACUGCAGCAGUUCUGUUCCCUCUCCUGGUGAGUGUUUGUGUGCAUAAUUCAAAUGUGUGUGUGUGUUUGAAUUCCAGCUUUCAUUGAUUGAAUUGGUCUCUGAUAAUAAACAGUAUAAAUAAAUCAGGUGGGAGGUAAAGCAUUGGGGAGGGGAAAAUUAAAUUCAGUGCAGUGACCUCGAGCAGAAUGUAAUUUCAAAAGUGCCUUAAAUAUGCUGAUGGCAUAAAAUAAGGCUGAGGAAGUUGGAGGGGCAGGAGAGUCGGGGAGACAGGAAUAAAACAAAAUUAUUUGGAUUUAUCAGGAUUACAGGCAGAUAUGGUUUAUGCAGUUUAUUGUAGGGGAGUGUCAGUCACGAGGCCAGGGACCAAAAGUGAUCGGAGAGCAGUGGGAAUGAGGGCGGUGUGGAUACGGAUCCGAGCAUGUGCAGCACCAGGGGAAGGCUCUUCCUGGGAGCAAACCAAGCAAAGCAAGGAGGAGGAUGGGGGGGAUACAGCCAUGCCAGCAGGAAUUACAGGGACAGUCAGGCCUUGUCUGUUGGUGUAAAACAUGCAGGAAUCCUCUCAGGCUGGUUUGAGGAAGCAAAAACCUUCUGGCUGUUGCAGAUGAAGAGAGGAGAAUCCAGCUUUUGAUGUUACAGGAAACAUGAUCUGUAACUGAGCUGCCUAAUAGUUCAUAGUUAGUUCAUCACACUGACUUCAGACUAGAAAAAUAAAAAAAUGCUUUGUUUUGGACUAAUGAGCACCCUGACAGCCACAGGAAAGCAAAGAAAUUGGUGAAUCCUUCCAGUUGGCUCAUGUAGAGGUAGAUCCUGUGGGUUUGAAAGUACUUGUUUUCUUCUGGUUUUCUUUCCUUCUUUUUAGUUGUUUUAAUUUUUUAAAUAUUUGAUUUGUCCCUUAAAUUGUAACCUUUUUUUCAGUUGUGGCCAAGUAGCUUUUGAAACCCAGUCACAGGUAGAAGCACUAAAAGGAAAGCUCUGUGCAUGGAAGUCCAUCCGUGUCCUUGCAGCUUCUGUUGUUCUGUCAGAUACCAUAUUAACUGUCCUUGUUUAAAAGUGCUUUCUCUACCUUGGCCCGUAUCUCUAAAUGUCACUUUUAUACAUCUUUUCCUCAGAAGAAAUUAGAUAUUUGAAAAUAUAAUCUUCCUGUCUUACCUUUUAGCACCCCAAUUUCAUUUAUGUCCAGAAAGAUUCCCAAUAGUUGAUAAUUUCCAGUAUCUUAACACCUAGGGCAUAGCAAUAACACGUGGACUUCUCUUUUCCUUUGAGUCCUCCCUGCUUGGUGCUGCAUCACAUAAAAUCCAUUAUUGUUUGGAAGCCACAGCUUCAGUUUGCCAUAGUUGAGUAAGACAGUGAGGAGCUACAGGGAAAACUGAACUGGGAAGGGCAGAAGCGAAAGCAAGUCACAAACAACUUUAUUUCCUACCUAAUCCUCAUGUCAUAUUGGAAUUAAAUCACAGGGACUGGUGAAAGAAUCCUUGAGGGAGCAAGAGAUGCACUCGGAAUUUUCCCUUUUCUGAGUCUCUUCAGGGUUUUGUGGCCUCUCACUGAUGUGCUGCCCAGCUGAGUGUCCCUGCCCAGGAUUCUGGGAGCAGGCUGGAUGUGCUCUGAAAUGUUCCCUACCCCCACCAGACACGGAUCUUCCUGUGGCUGCUUCUGUUGUUCCAACAGUGGUGACAGAAGGCUGACCUCCACGUUUCUGUUAUCCCUCAGUUCUCCACAGCAAACAGUCAGCAGUAGCUGGAAUCUGCAUCCUUGGAGUUCUGUUGUCAGUUUGGGCUGUUGUCACACACUUAGCUAAUACCCUCCAGUAAUUCUAUUUCUUAUUCACAUGCACACUUAAUGUCCUUCAUCAUUAGACUGAAAAAUGUUAACCUUGUCAUAGUUAGUGACUGGAAGCAGAAAAGUCCUUUUAAUUCUCAGGGGAAUGAAUUCUAAUUUUCUGCUUGUCAGAAAGUGACAUUUUACAUAUUUUUCUCUAUUUUUCCCCACCAGUUUAGUGCUAAAUUUAAAUGUGUGUGUCAUAGGAACAGACCUUUAGUCUGUGCUAAACACCCCAAAAGCCUUGGCAGGUGUCCAGUGCAUGAGAGCCUUGACCAAGAGCUGCUGCUAAAGCUCAUUUGAUGCACUGCAGAGAAGGGGAGGUGAGGCUGGGAAGUUGGAGAUAAGGGGUUAUCUCAGAGGGCACAUUAACAUUGCAUGUCAGGAUGCAUUUUUUUUCCCCUAGAAAAUAUGGAUGGAUGAAAAGCAGCUCAUCUGGAAUAAAAUGUCCAGUGAAGAAACAAAUUAUGUUAAUCAAGCAGACUAGUAUUAAUAUUUGUCAUAAAGAUGUGACACCUUCUAUUUAAUGUCACAAACUACUGGGAGUCUUUGAAAAAUGUACUGGUGGGAAGGAAAGUUCUCUGCAGAUACUGAGUUCACUGUUCUAUGAAAGGGAAUAACUUGUCUUGAAAAUUAGAUGGCAUUUAUGGCAAAGAGAAAUAAUCCUCCCACAGAUUACAGCUGUUCACUGCAUUGUUGUGCUGGUGGUCUUAUCUCAUCAGUGGAUAUUUUAUAAGGAUCUUUCCUUUUUUUUCUUUUUAUUUUUUUUUUUUUGAUACAUUUCCAUAAGCCUGUUCUGAGGAGGACAUUGUGUGCUGGGAGCUGGGUGUAUUUUGAGAAAGGGACACCACUACAAAGAACUCUUGAGUCUAAAUUGCAAAGAUGGGUGAAGUAAAAAUGAGGGAUGGUUAUUUUGCUUUUUACAGAUGGGAGCUGAAGCAGAGGAGGUGACUGUUGUGGCCAAAGUCACCCUGGGAGUCCGUGGAAUUGCAUCCUGAUCUUUGAAGUACAGUUCCAGUAUUUUACCAGAUAUUGUCUCUCUGUUCCCUUGCUGAUGAAUGUGGACUUAAUAUGCACAUGUGUGAUGAGCCAAACAUGUUCUGCAUGUGUUGAGCCAAAUUCUGACCUGAGGCCGUGAGGGGAGCGCUCCCUGGGCUGGCCAGGAGCGUUUGCAGGGCUGGGCUCAGCCCAAGGACUGCACAGUGCUGGCAUUUCUAAAGCCCCUCCUGGGCUGAACUUUGCUUCCCCUGCCUGUUUGGUGUUUGAGCCAACUCGGGGUUCUUGGGAAUUCUGGAGAAGUGCUGGCAGGGUGCUGGGUGAGGCACUGCCUGGCUCCUUGUCCGACCUCUUGCACUGCCUGCACACCAGAUGCUGAUUAAUGAUUAGCAUGUAAGUAAUUAAUAAAUCAAUACCACAAACAAAUAAACCAUCCAUUACAGUGGCUUCCCAAGUCUCUCCCUUCUGGGAGAGAAGGGAGACUUGCAGGCAUUCCCCCCUUCUCUGUACAAAGGUGCCUCUGGACUGUGCCAUCUCGACACCUGGCAGAUCUGCUGUGUGGAUGAGAUUCAUUGUAUUCCACAGCUUUUAAGGAUGAGAAUGUUGUGUCUGACGCGUGUCAGCAAGCAGAGGAGAUUCACUAGCAGAGCUGGGUCCGUCUUGCUCCCCGGUGAGGAAUAAAAGCAUGAACCGUCUCUCACUUCGGGAGGAGAAGGGGGGGCUGUUUCCAGGCUGCGGGAAGUGCGAAGGCAUUGUCAGGUUUGGGUCAGGCGGAGCCGGGGCUGUGCUGAGCUCUCAGCAGGACCCAUCAGCCGGGUGUCACUCGGCAGCCUGGAGGCAUCUCCGGGAAAAGCCAAGACAGAAGUGUGGGGGGCGAAGCUGCCGUGUCUUGUGGUGGUGCAAGACUGUUCUCUGUAACAAUGAUCUUUGUGGAAAGCAGACACAAAAAUGGAUAAAAGAAUAAAGAGCCUUUAUCAAGGAAGCAGAGAAAGAAAAUGGCCACUUCUACACUCCCCACAGUUAGAUGCUAAAUAAUGCUGUUAUCAGAGCUGUUGUGCCCACAUUUAAUCCCAGCCUGGUACCUGCAAGGCCUGAUCCUGCCCUCAGCUGCAUCCAGGGAAUCUGGUGUCAGUGGGGCCGCUGCACUGAAAAGGAUGGGUAGGGAAUGAAGAACUCUGUUCUGUUUAUUUCUUCAUGGUUGUGUCUGGUUUUGUGCUUUGAAGUUCUCAGAUUUAUUUAAAUCUUCACGUUUAUUUUCACUUCUUUAGGGAAGCAGAUAAAGCAGGGAGGGGGAAAUAUGAGGGACGGGGCCAAAUUCAAAGUGGAGUCACUUGGGCAACAUAAAAAACCUGCAACCCCAAGGUGUAAUUUCCAUUGGUAAAACCAUGUUGAACCAACUAAUUGCUUCAAAAUUACAGCCAGAUUUCAACUUUGUAACUGCAGAGUGCAGCUCACCUAAACCAGGACAAGGGUAUCACAUGAGGGAGCUUGAAAGAGAACCUCGUGAGCUGCCUCACAGAAAAAAUGGUAAAACUGCAUUUCACUGUGUUUAUUGCCAGGCAUUUCCUGGACUCCGGAUUUAUUGAUUUAAUCCCUUCUCUCCGUUCCGAAACAAUCGAAUAUAUACAAAUUUAAAAGUCCCUAAAACAGUAGCUUGCCUCCAUGUUGCAAUGGACACUGAACAGCAAUAGAUUUAAGGUCCUUUGGCAAUGUCGGGUGGGUGAACUCAGUUUUUGCCCGCGUUUGAUUGAAAAUUUGGAUAGUUGUUUUCCCAGCAUUCCUGAUUUUGUUUUACAUUUAGCUCUCAGUACUUUAGUCCUUGCUGUGUAUGACAGAGCAGACUGAGGGCGAUGUUUUGUUCACUGGCAACCCGACCAGUUUCAGAGCACAACAGUAUCAUUUUCCAGCACAGUUAAAUUUAUUACAGUGUGGUCCUGUGAAAUGGUCUGACAUGCUUUCAACUAUCCAAAGAACAAUUUGCUGGGAUGUGGAAACCACAGGAGUCAGGAAGAAGGUAGUAGUCUGUGAGUGGGUCUUGUCUGUCUUGCUACAGGGACAUGGUUACCUGGGGAAGAAAACACAACACGUUUAGGACCCAGUGCAAGAAGUGCCCUGGGCUGGGAUUCACUUGGGGCAGCAUUUCUGGUCAGGUGUCACUGACCCUGUUGGAUUAAUGUUUGUCACUUUGGUACUUUGUAGAAUGUGGAAGAAACCACAAUGAAUCCUUCACUAAAGGGGGAAAUAUCGUGUGUGAAUGGGGAGCCUCAGGUCUCUGAAAAAGGUUUUUAAAAUCCUCUGUUUUGUAAGGCAGUCUCAGAACUGGAGUUACUUCAGGCUGACAGAGCAGCCAAUAGCAGGAACUGGAGACAGGAAUUUGGGCUCGGAGUUAGGAGUGCAAUGGGGAUCAUUAGGACAGUCACAGCAUGUAACUGGAGAAAUGUAGAAAUGUCUCUUGCAGAACCGUGAUUAUUCUCCAAGCACUCACCUUGUACAGACACUGCAUCACUUGCCUGUGCACAUCCUGUGGUUGCUUUUCAUUUGGGUUCUUUCAAAAUGUACAGCAACACUGCAUUCUGAGUGCUACUUAUUCAGAAUCACCAUUUCAACUAUCAUCUAAUCAAAAAUCUUUAUUCUCUGGUGCAAAAUGCAUUUUAAACAAAUAAUAAUCGUUCAACUCUGAGUUCCUGGUAAAAUAUCUUAUUUAAUGAAUUUAUAAAUAGCAAGUGCCAGUUCUGUGCCAAUUCUAACAGCACAGAAAAGAACACACUGUGAAGGAAAACACACCAGGUUUUUGUUACCCAAUUUUGUUGUUUGUAAUAUAAAUGCUUGUGAGAAAGAUAAUUCUGAUUUCAUAGUUCUUUAGCUUAAAUAUGUUGUCAUUUAAGCCUCUGCUCUUAUUCCACCAGGAAGCCAGGAAAGCAUCUGCAGGCACACAGCCAUGGGGGCAGGAGCUGUGCCGGACCUGUUUCCAUGCCUUGCUGUGGUGACUGGGGAUCAAAUCCGGUCACAUUUUUGUGUAUGCUGUUCUGAAAGCACCAUCCAGAGUAAAAGGAGUCUGCUGCCAAAGAACCAGUUCAUCUGAAAACAACACUCCAAAGCCGAGCUGGCUUCAGCUCCCUGACAAAGUCCAGUCAGCUGAGGAGGAGUCACUGUGCAGCCCCCCGUGCUCACCGAGAGCUGCCCGAGAGACGACACCAAAUGGAAGCUGGGUUGAAGCACAGGAGACAUCUGAAUAUACUGGCACCUUGUUUGCACAUUUUUGUUCUGGGUCUAUGAUUUUUAUACAGAAUUAAAAUUUUCUUGACUUUUGCUGCA